UAUUAAGGACAUGGUGACUGACUUUGAUGAAAUACAUGAUGAAUACUUAAUAUCCCUUCAGCAGAGAAACCGGCUACUGGAACGUUUAAGAAGAAAAGAUCCUGUGCAAGCCAGACUGGAGCAGUUAGAACAAGGCUUUUCUCUGUAUCUGAAUGGAGCUAAUUCAGAGCUGAGAAAUCACCACAGAAAAAUCAGCUCUCAUGGCUAUCCUAAAAAAGAGAUAAAGCCCAGCAGGACAAAUGCAGCCCAGCUAGAUGACAGCACACAGACUGCACCAGACAAAAUGCAGCGCAGGGGUUGGCUGCAGAAAGCUGUGAAGAUCAAAACACAAAGAGGGGCUAAACUCUGCCUUAGACCUCCCGUUGAAUACUCUGAGGAUUUUGAACCUUAUGAAAGCCUGAGCCUGGAGACAGAUGGGGAUGAUCCUCUCCAUGACUCCCAGAAAUUGAGAAGAAGCUUGCAGCUCAGUGUAGAAGAGAAAAAGAUGGAGCGAGACGCUUUUAGUGAUGAUGAUGACGACUCUGUUGAAGAGGAUGUGUCUUCGGAAUCAUCUUCUGCUGAGGAAACAAUUCCAAGCUUUGAAGACCUUCAGCUGCAUAGCAAUAGGUUCUUGCAGAAAGAAGCUUCUGAACACCAGGAUGCUGAGAGCUGCUCUGGCCUUGAUUCUGGUGCCCACAGUGUGCUGGAGUUCAGGCAGGAUCAAAGCAAGGUGAAGUCACUGCGAGUCCUCUCUGCAAAAAGAAAAGAUAAUGCUGAGAUGUACGUUCCUGUCAGCCCAGUGGAGGGGAGAAACACAAUCACUCGGCCACUCUCUGCUGAGUUCUUGCACCAGGAAAGAUAUGAAAGAAUUUGUUCCAGACCCCUAAGUCAGCCAGGAAGAUUGCUUUCAGCAACAAGAAAGAACAUGUGUGAGAGGGAUCCUGACCUCUCUGUUUCAGAUGUGGUUAAAGCAAUGCAAAUGGAAAAUCAAGGCUUGCAGAGAGAGCUGCAAAAGCAGACGGUUUCCACAAGCCUCCAAAAGAAACUAUUUUCUCUGUCCUCUGUUGCUUCUGCAAUGACUAAACCUCCAGAACACAGCCAGACAAGGACUGCAGUCACCAAAGCUGCUGAGGGGAUGUGUCCUUUUGGAAGCAGACAACAGAAGAAACUUCUGAAAAGCCUUCUGGAGCCUCAGAGCCAUUCUGCCUGUGAUAAUGACACAUUUCUCUUUGAUGAUCAAUCUGAAGCAGGUUCCAUGCUGAGAGAGAAGAUGACAAGCAGGAUGGAAGUAUCUGAUGCCAUUUAUGUGACUGUGGAACUUCUCUCUAACUGGGGAAAUCCAGAGAAUGUAGGCCUGAGCCAGCUGGAGUUCUUUGAUUUGUACAACAGGAAGAUAUUUGUGUCCCCUCAUGACGUGGAUAUUCGGAACGCUGACAACCGAGGGGAUUUGUGCUGCUUGGUCAAUAAGAGCUUAAAUAUCACAGAGGAAAGCUCCCCUUGGAUGUGCCCUUUCUAUCCACCCCUCCAACUUUACUUUGUUAUCCGCAAUCCCACCCGGUCACGUGACUUUGGUAUAUCCAAGAUCAAGAUUUGGAAUUACAACACAACAACUCCCAGUGACCUUGAUGUUGGAGUAAAGAAGGCAAAGUUGUAUGUUGACAAGAACCUUGUGUUUGAUGGUGAAUUAGAGAGAGCCUCCGGAGACCUCCUCACUGACCACAGCACUACAAUUGACCUUAGGGAUCACAAGCAAGAUACCUGUACAUGUUCUUCAAAUGAAAGGAAAGAAGUAAAUACUCCUGCAGUCACAGAGAAGAAAACAGAGCCACAUGUUAAAUACUUGCACUCAAACAGUGCUUCACUCAGUGGGAAAUCUCUACCAGGAGAAAAUCCUGAGCACCAGAUGAGCUCAAACAGCUCUACAAAGAAAAGAUUGGCUGAGUUAGAGGAUGAUCUGAAAGUGUUCCCAUCUCAGGUUUGUAGAAAAGAUGCCAAAGAGGACACAACAGUACAGGCAGUUGCAGAGUGUGUUCAACCUGAUGAGGAACUUUCUUUGAGUAAGCAAAUGGAGAAGCUAACAGGAAGGAAAUUGUCUGAUUCUGCAGGUGCAGUUCCUUCUUGGUUACAGUCUUCUUCCCAGGUGUCACAGAGUAAUCAAGUUACUUCCAGCAAGCAGAAGCCUCCCUGGCUUGCCACAGAACCUUGUGCAGGCUUCAGAUUUCAAACACAGUCAGAUGGGAGCACCAAAACCUCUAAAGAUCUGACUAAUGAAGAUGUCAAACUGCCGAGAGAUGAACUGAGCAGAUCUGGUAGCAGAAUUGCAAAUGGAGAUGAGAAAUCACAGAUGCUCACCAGAAAGGAUGCUGAUGUGAGCUUGGACAUUUCAGAGCAACUUUCUAACAAAAGCUGCUGCAGCUCACAGUACCCUACCAGUGGAAGAAGAUGUGCCAGGGGUAUGAAAAGGGCAGGAUUAAACACCAUGAAUCUGGGAGAAGAUGAUUCUGCUCUCAAAGAUGAAGACUUGGCUGUCAAGGACAUGGCAGCCUCUAGAGCAAAGUGGCACAGCGAACAAGAACACACCCUGCAGGAGUCCUGGAACUCCUUGGUGAAGUUCAAUUAUUCCCAUCGCGGACGAAUCUCUAACAUGGAUUUUCAAGGGGAUAUCUUUGAUGAGUUUCUCCAUCAGCAGAAAAUCAACAGGCCUGGAAACUGUCAGCAAAUAAAAAAAGAGGGACUACAAACACUACCAAAAAGGCAAGGAGACAAUUCUUUGGAGGUGCAGGACGGAAAUGACUUCAGAAUUCCUGUGUUACCCUACGGACAGCGCUUGGUGAUAGACAUUCGAACGACGUGGGGAGACAGGCACUACGUGGGUCUGAAUGGGAUUGAAGUUUUCAGUUCUAAAGGAGAACCUGUUCAGAUUUCCAAAAUAGCAGCUGAACCACCCGAUAUAAAUAUUUUACCAGCUUAUGGCAACGAUCCCAGAGUAAUAACCAACCUCAUUGAUGGGGUACAUCGGACUCAGGAUGAUAUGCAUCUCUGGCUAGCACCAUUUACUCCUGGAAAACCUCACUUCAUCUUUAUUGACUUUGUGAAUUCCUGUCAAGUAGCUAUGAUUAGGAUUUGGAAUUACAAUAAAUCUCGCAUCCACUCUUUCAGAGGGGUGAAAGACAUGAUCAUGCUGCUGGAUGAGCAAUGCAUCUUUAAAGGAGAAAUUGCAAAAGCUUCGGGAACCUUGUCUGGAGCUCCAGAGCACUUGGGGGAUACUAUAUUGUUCACAACUGAUGAUGACAUUCUGGAAGCUAUCUAUUGCUAUGAUCAGACAUGUGAUGGAGAAAUGGAAAAUGCCAGCUUCUUGAGAUACGAGGAAGAGCUGAAGAGGCCAACAACUGCUGACAGGGAAGGAGAUGAAAGACCUUUUACACAAGCAGGGUUAAGAACGGAGAAUCGACAGGUAGGGGCCUCUGUUCAAGAGCCAGAGCCUUUCUCUGACUGCAUACCCAAGGAAUCAGGAAUAUUCACUGGAAAAUGUCUGCAACUGAAUUUUACCACGACCUGGGGAGACUCUCAUUACCUUGGCCUGACAGGACUUGAAGUGAUAGGAAAGAAUGGUCAGACACUAAAAAUAACUACAGAACAGAUUUGUGCUUCACCCCAGGACUUAAAUGAUCUUCCAGAGUACACAGGAGAUUCCAGAACACUGGCCAAGUUAAUAGAUGGGACUAAUAUCACGGUGGAGGAUGACCAUAUGUGGCUCAUUCCCUUCUCUUUUGGAGAAGAUCAUCUGCUCACCAUCCAUUUUGAUAAAAUUGAAAGCGUUGCAGGGCUUCGCUUUUGGAACUAUAAUAAAUCUCCUGAGGAUACCUAUAGAGGGGCUAAGGUAGUCCAUGUGUUGCUGGAUGGUCACAGCAUCUCCCCACCAGAAGGCUUUCUUAUCCGCAAGGGACCAGGCAACUGCCACUUUGACUUUGCCCAAGAAAUUAUCUUCCUUGACUACCUGCAGCCCCAGCUGAUUAAUAAAGUACAAAGGAGACCUGGGGCAAAGAGAAUGGAGCAAGCCAGUAUGGACUAUGAAGCACCCUUAAUGCCAUGUGGCUUUGUUUUCCAGUUUCAGCUUUUGACAAGUUGGGGUGAUCCAUACUACAUUGGUUUGAAUGGACUUGAGUUGUUCAAUGAACAUGGAGACCAAAUCCUGCUCACUGAAAGCAAUAUUGCUGCUUUUCCAGAUAGUGUCAACAGUUUAGAAGAUGUAUCUGGAGAUGUCCGCACCCCAGACAAACUAAUUGACAGAGUGAAUGACACAAUUGAUGGCAGACAUAUGUGGCUUGCACCAAUUCUUCCUGGUUUGGUGAACAGGGUUUAUGUCAUUUUUGAUGUACCUACCACUGUGUCAAUGAUCAAGCUGUGGAAUUAUGCCAAAACACCUCAGAGAGGUGUGAAAGAGUUCGGUCUUCUGGUGGACGACUUGCUUGUCUACAACGGGAUUCUGGAUAUGGUGAGCCACGUCGUGUCAGGCAUCCUACCAACCUGCGACCCAGUGGUCCCCUAUCACACCAUUCUCUUUACAGAUGAUGAGAAGAUCUGCCAUCAGGAGAAGAGAACUGUUAUUAGCAAUCAUGUGGGAGAUCAGGAUGUACGAAUGAUGAAUGAAAAUGAGAUUGUCACCAACAGCAAAAAGAAGCAGGUUAUGGCUGAUCCAGCUUUACGUCCAAAAACCUGCAUAUCUGAAAAAGGGCUGCAGAGGAGGAAGAGAUAACAAGGGUCUGUGGCUGGAAAGUCCUGAAUGCAUCCAGCCCUAAUUAACUGCAGUCUACAUCUUCAAGAUAUUCAUUAUCCAAACAGAAGAUUUUCCAUGUCUUCUGCUGCUGAACCAGCUCCUGUCUUAAGAGAGAAAGGCUUAUUUGCUACAGUAAUGCAGUUUAAAGCACACAUUGAGUUAAAUUGGUUUUUCUUAUUUGUUAUUAUCUGUCUGAUUUCACCCCUCCUUAACUGGAAAUCCAGGGAAGAGGGAGCCUGAAGGAUUGAGUGAGAACUGUGUUGCUAACUGACAGCUGUUCCUGCCAGGCACCAAGAACUCAGGUGAAGGAAGGUUAGGACAAGAGAUUUUUCAGAGUAUUCCUCAAGCUUUCAUUUCAAACCCCAAUCUGGGUGAUCACAAAGCUCCUCAGCAGAAGCAAGGGUCUGCUUGCUUUGUGAUACCUGGAAAUAGUUCUUUGGGAAAUGCACUUAGAGGAAAUGUUCUUUACUUCUGCAUGUUUUGAUGCUGCGGCUCUCUCAGGGGCUGCCACUGUUCCUGGUACUUGGAGAGAUUCCCCUGGGUGUGCAGAAGUGUGAUAAAUGAUUUGAGGACAUCAGGAAGUGGGUUUAUCAAGGUUUAAUCAGUAGGUUUCAGCUGUCAUUUCUUCAUCUUCUGCAGUGCAAUAAUUAUUUCUUUCAUCAUUUCACUACCAUGAAAAAAGCAAAGUAGGGUUUUGCCUGAAGUGCCCUUGCCAGAUGCUCUACACGUUCUUCAGGGUCCUCCUGCUACAGAGCAAUGCUUUUCUUCCCCCUCCUGUUUUGCCUGAAUUCGGUUAUAUGAACAAGGAGGCCAUACCUCUGUGCUGCACCAACCAGGUCUGCUGCCAGCAGCAGAUCAUCACUUCUGGGAAAUGCUAAAUGCAUCUUAACUAGUAGAAAGUAAGGAGUGCACUACAUUUUUAAAGACAAAAUACACUGUGUCUGUAGCUGUUGAAACAGAAACUCUAACCAAAUAGUUCUGCUGCAGGAUUUGUAGCUAUGCAAAUGUGCUUUUCACUCCAAAUCUGUCAUUUGUGACAACCUCUUCAUAGGAGAUUCUUCUUUUCUUACAUAGAACUGGACACUCUGAAAUCACUUUAUGCUUUUAGACUGUGCAUUACUGCAGCUCCUGGUAUAGGAUCACUGUGCUGCUUCCCUUUCUGCACAAAGUCAGGAGGGCAAAAUCUUUUAUAUUUGCCUAUCAAAACCAUCCUUCUUAACUGGUGUUGGCUAAGCUGAUAAGAGACACACACUAGCAAUACAUUACCCACAUUUCUGUGUUGUUGAAGCAACAAAAUGCAUUUUGUACUAAAUACAAACCACUUCUGAAUGUACAGCAGUGUGUGAGUGCAUUCUGCUUUGUUU